AAACAGCACGGAAAUGACCCUUGUUACAGGACAGGUGCAGGGAACAACAUUGCAGGAAGGCGCUUAGUAGGGGAAUCCAAUUGUUGCAGCUUUUACUCUGUAUGUGGUCACCACUCCUUAUUACACCUGAUGGACUUGCAAAAGUAGGGCAGUUGGGUGUGUCAUUAUAGGCUGUAAUGGACGCCCAUCACUUAAGGAUCAUUUCACCUUGUGAAUAAGGAAGUAGAUCAUAUCGACAGAAAUUGGGUUGAAACUGAAGGGUUAGAGGCCCCAAUGGGAGAUUGGAGAUCACCACCUGCAACCACGUCUCCCAGAGCAGCCAGGUGGCCAGGUUCGUCCCUGAGGAGGGGAUAUUGUGUGCAUGUUCUCAGACGGAUUUGUGUGGCCUCUGUGUCUGUUUUGAUUCUCAGUGGACUUUACUUCUUCUACUCCCCGGGUGGGUUUGCGCCGGACCCGGAUCCUUACGGCGGGGGCGCAGUAACGAUCCUGAUCUGGACCCAUCCGUUCCUUGUCUACGAACCACUUCCGGACUGCUCUGAGCAGUUUGGGAUCGAUGGCUGCGUGCUGACGGAUGACGCGCGCCAGUACCGGCAGGUGGAAGCGGUGCUCGUCCACCACCGGGAGAUCAGCUCCGGCGCCGCGGCGCUGCCGCCAGAGCCGCGGCCGAGCGCGCAGAAGUGGAUAUGGAUGAACUACGAGUCCCCCACGCACACGCACAGGACGUGGCUCGUGGACGGUGCGUUUAACCUCACGAUGAGCUACCGGACGGACUCGGACAUCUUCCUGCCCUACGGAUACCUGGUGCCGCAGGCGCGCAGCAGAGCCGCCGGGCGCGCCGGCGCACUCUCCCGGCCGUCCCGCCCGCGGCGCCGCUUCGUGGCGUGGGUCAUCAGCAACUGGUCGGAGACCCACGCACGCGUGGCCUUUUACUACCAGCUCCGCAGGUACAUCCGCAUCGACGUGUUCGGGCGCGCCGGCAGGCCGCUGCCGAAGGGCGCGGGCAGCGUGGUGCGCGUCCUGGGGGAGUACCAGCUGUACCUGGCGCUGGAGAACUCGCUGCACCGCGACUACAUCACGGAGAAGCUGUGGAACGCCGUGCGGGCCGGGGCCGUGCCGGUGGUGAUGGGGCCCCCCAGGGCCAACUACGAGCGCUUCCUGCCCCCCGAGGCUUUCAUCCAUGUGGACGACUUCCCGUCCGUGAAGCAGCUGGCCCGGUACCUGCUGGCGCUGCGGCGCCAGCCGGCGCGCAUCAGGCGGCACCUGGAGUGGAGGCGCGGAUACAGCCUCCAACAGCCGGACUUCUGGGGCCAGCACUACUGCACGGCCUGCAGGGCGGUGAGGAGGGCCAGGGGGAAGACGGACGUGGUCCGAGACCUGCCGCGGUGGUUUGAGUCGUGAAGAAGGCACCUGUGGAAACGUAAUAAGCCUGAAUUAUGGGUCCACGUUAAAUCGACGCAGAGCCUACGCCGUAGGGUUACGGCGUAGGGUACGGCGUAUGGUACGCGUUGGUGUAACGCGGAACCAUAAAUCAGCCUUUAUGAGAGACGGACUCACUGUCUCACAGCUGCUGCUUCCAAAGUUUACAAUUUAAAUCCACGUAUUGUUUGUGGAGAAUCAGUUCAGUUAUUUAUUUUCAUGUGAUUUUUCAUAAAUGAUGAUGAAUGAUUUUUUGACUUGAGUUUUAAAUAAAACUAAAUGAAUAUUUUCUUAUACUAAUAUCGCUGCUUUUCAUGUCCCCGUACUGUCAGGUGGUCCCACCAGCCAAGUCACGUGGGUUUGAUUUGCACUUGCACAGUCAGUUCUAUAUUGCUAUAUUUUGAGAUUUGUUUGUUGUUUUCUUCACAACUUGCAUAGUUAAGCUACUGGAUUGAUUGAUUGAUUGAUUGAUUGAUUGAUUGAUUGAUUGAUUCAUUCAUUCAUUCAUUCAUUCAUUCAUUCAUUCAUUCAUUCAUAGCAAUCAAAUUCUGCUUUCACCUUUAAAUUUUGAAGGGGGGGUGAUUCAAAUAUGAAUUAUAAUCAUUAUAAUCAAUAUCAAAUGACCACAAUCUAAAAUACCUCGGUUUCUGGAAGUGUCAAUGUUUUUAGCACUAAUCAAUAAUUUAAAAUGUUUCUUAUUUGUAAAUAAAUAAAUUAAAUAUGGAAAAGAUCUAGUACAGGGCAGGCACCUUGUCUACACUGUGAACAAAUAACCAUAAUAAAUGCUCAUCUCAUGCUAUGUAGUACAAUAAUAAAACUGAUGUACUGUUGACUUAAUACCAUACAUGGGUGAUGGUCAUGCCACAGUUCACCACACAUCCCUGAAAUAGCCCUUGGCUUUGUGUCAGCUUGUCAUGACCUGGUUGUUUGCAAUGCUGUUCCUGAUCUAAAUAAAUGAUUUUGAAGGUGAUGUUCUGCCACAGUCCCGUUUGGUCUU